AAGCCAAAGAUGAGCCAAAGAAGAAAACUAAAAGCGUGCCAAAGAAAAAGAAAGGUUCAGAUACAGAAGAUGACGACGAUGAUGAUGAGGAAGAGAAUCCACAGAAGAAGACAAAGAAAAAGAUCACAAAGGAAGGUUCUGAAAAAGAUGGCAAGGAGAAGAAAUCCAAAGCUAAAGAUGACAAAGAGUCUGACAAAAAAUCGAAGAAAGACACCAAGAAAAAGGAACCAGCUUCUCUGUUCUCUGUAAAUGGAGAUAAGGAUAAGUCAGACUCCAAGAGCAAGAAGAAAGCAGCCAAAUCGGAUAGUGAAGACAGCGAACCAGAAACCAAGUCCAGCAAAUCAAAAUCAAAGAAGAAGGAGAACGCCAACCCAGCAUCCAUGUUCUCAGCAGGGGGAGACAAGGACAAGGACAAGGACAAGGACAAGGACAAGGACAAGGACAAGGACAAGAAGAAGAAGAAGAAAGCCAAAGCAUCAGACAGCGAUGAUUCUGACCCAGAGGCAGAAAAAGGAAAAAAGAAAAAGGGAAAAGGGAAGAAGAAAAAGGAGGAGAGGCCUCCGUCCCCGGACAUUGAGUUUGACAGCCUGGAGGAGUUUGUUCUGCAGCCAGCCCAGCAGGGGGUGACGGUCAAAUGCAAGGUGACCCGGGACCAGAGGGGCUUGGACAAAGGCCUAUACCCCACAUACUAUCUCCACCUGGACAAUGAAAAGAAGGUCUUUCUACUGGCUGGGAGAAAACGAAAGAAAAGCACAACCUCCAAUUACCUGAUCUCCAUAGACCCCACAGACUUGUCAAGGGGUGGAGAAAAUUUCAUUGGAAAGUUGAGGUCCAACUACUUGGGCACUAAGUUCACAGUGUUUGAUAAUGCACUGCACCCAGACAGAGCUCUACCAGACAUGUCCAACGCUCGCCAAGAAUUAGCAGCCAUUAUUUACGAAACGAAUGUCUUGGGAAUGAAGGGUCCCAGAAGGUUGACCGUUAUCAUCCCAGGGAUGGGCAAGGACAGUGAACGAGUACCCCUCCGACCUCGCAGUGACAACGAUGGUUUACUGAUGAAGUUCCAGAAUAGAAAGUUGGACAAUCUGAUCGAACUCCACAACAAGACCCCCACGUGGAAUGAGGAGACGGCGUCCCAUGUGCUGAACUUCAACGGCAGGGUCACACAGGCCUCCAUCAAGAACUUUCAGAUCGUCCACAGCAAGGAUUUGGACUAUAUUGUGAUGCAGUUUGGACGAGUAGCAGACGAUGCCUUCACUCUGGACUAUAGCUACCCCAUGUGUGCAGUGCAGGCCUUUGCCAUCGCUCUAUCAAGCUUCGAUGGCAAAAUAACCUGUGAAUAAGAGGAAACCAUAUAGGCUCUGGUGCUUCCUUAAGCUGCUGCAACUCCUUAUUGGCAUACUACAGAUGCCCACUACCAGAAAGAAGAAUAUCCUUCACCAUUCCUCAACAUCAGUGCAAGGUACAUAGAAGCAUUUCAUAACACAUGGACUGCCUCAGGGAUUGUUUUGUUUGUUUGUGUCUCAUUGCAAUGAUAAUCAUGAGCUGACGGAUGUGAGUGGAUGCUGAUGCUUCAUGCAAGUCUGAGCAGCGGAGCUUUGGUGUGCUUUGGCAUUACACCAUUUCAGUGUUGGGGGAUGAAAGUGACAUCUGAAGAGUGAGAGCCUAUCUUCCACCUACAUCAAUGAUUUUAUAGCAUAGUACAUGUCCAAUUUUCAUUCAUUCUGUUGCUUUUAAUUUGGAAUGCAAAUCCAGUAAUGUGUAAUCUAUUGGUUAAAAAUAAACUGUGUCUACGUGUGUCUAAUUCAUUUCAAAACAUGUCAAAGUAUAUUUAUUUAGUACUACUUGUUAUUAUUAUUUUUAGGGUUAUGUUUGUUUCCAUGCAUUAUUUCCAGAUUAUGAAAUUGACUUCAUUUUACAAAUUAGAGGUUUCAUUGUGAACAGUUAAAAGGCAGAGGUAUGAGGCAAUAUGCUUUUAUCAUGUGACUGUGGACAGUCACAUGUGUUUCUCUAAUCAUCUUAUUUGCUGUUCUCAUUCCACUCAAGCCACAAUGUUGUUGUUGUUCUGAUACCUGCUUUUUUAAGUUAUAUGUUCUCUCUUAGGCUAGAUUCUGUCUUUGUAUGAAUCAUGUGGACAAGAGCCUUAUAUUGACAGAUAUUGACAAAUAUAUGGCACUGAUGUGGACCAUUGUUGUUUUGAUAAGGAUAGUUAAUGUAUGUUCCAAAGGUAAACAAUGCAUUUCAGUCUCUUGUCAACUUCUCUUGAAUGAAAGUCAAAGUGCCGGCUUGAAGAUAACAUGCUCAAAUAAUAAUGAAUUAAUUAAUCUGCAAAU